CCACCCCCACCCCCCCAGCUGAGUGGAGGAGUUGAUAUGUCUCAUUAUAACAGCCAAUGCAGCCGCCAUCCACGCACAAGCAAAGAAGCAUGUCCCAUUUAAAUACACCCACGCAGCCCCAGCGCCCUUAGCCGAUCAGGGCGCGCAGCCCACACGCACCGCGGCUCCGGGCUUGGAGGUCCGCGCAGGUCGGGCUCCGGGAACCCGCGGAUCGACGCUCACGGAAGAUCGGAAUCCGACUCUGGUUGGGGGCCCGGGUGGGCGGGGGAGGCUGGGCCCCGGGCCUCUCUGGCGGACAGCCGCAUGAGGACGCGAGCGAAAUAGACUAGGGUGGACUUGCCAAGGCAGACUCUUCGGGCUGGUUUGGUCCAUUUCUCCCGCGAAGAGUCGACAUGGCGAGCGACUCCCCAGCUCGCAGCCUGGAUGAAAUCGAUCUCUCCGCCCUGAGGGACCCUGCAGGGAUCUUUGAGUUGGUGGAACUGGUCGGAAAUGGAACGUAUGGUCAAGUGUAUAAGGGUCGUCAUGUCAAAACAGGACAGCUUGCAGCCAUUAAGGUUAUGGACGUCACAGGGGAUGAAGAGGAGGAAAUCAAACAAGAAAUUAACAUGUUGAAGAAAUAUUCUCAUCACAGGAACAUCGCAACAUACUACGGUGCUUUCAUCAAAAAGAACCCUCCUGGCAUGGAUGACCAGCUAUGGUUGGUAAUGGAGUUCUGUGGUGCUGGCUCCGUCACUGACCUGAUCAAGAACACGAAGGGCAACACACUGAAAGAAGAGUGGAUCGCAUACAUCUGCAGGGAGAUCUUACGGGGCCUGAGUCACCUGCACCAGCACAAAGUGAUUCACCGAGAUAUUAAAGGGCAGAAUGUCUUGCUGACUGAAAAUGCAGAAGUUAAGCUAGUGGACUUCGGAGUGAGUGCCCAGCUUGACCGAACAGUGGGCAGGAGGAACACAUUCAUUGGGACCCCCUACUGGAUGGCACCAGAAGUCAUUGCCUGUGAUGAGAACCCAGAUGCCACGUAUGAUUUCAAGAGUGACUUGUGGUCUUUGGGAAUCACCGCCAUCGAGAUGGCAGAAGGUGCACCCCCCCUCUGUGACAUGCAUCCUAUGAGAGCCCUCUUCCUCAUCCCCCGGAACCCAGCGCCUCGCCUCAAGUCUAAGAAGUGGUCAAAAAAAUUCCAGUCAUUUAUUGAGAGCUGCUUGGUAAAGAAUCACAGCCAGCGACCAGCCACGGAACAGCUGAUGAAGCAUCCAUUCAUUCGAGACCAACCUAAUGAGAGGCAGGUCCGCAUUCAGCUGAAGGACCAUAUCGACAGGACAAAGAAGAAGCGGGGAGAAAAAGAUGAGACUGAGUAUGAAUACAGUGGAAGUGAGGAGGAAGAGGAAGAGAACGACUCCGGGGAACCCAGCUCCAUUCUGAACCUGCCAGGGGAGUCAACACUGCGGCGAGACUUCCUGAGACUGCAAUUGGCCAACAAGGAGCGCUCAGAGGCCCUGCGGCGGCAACAGCUGGAACAGCAGCAGCGCGAGAAUGAAGAACACAAGCGGCAGCUGCUGGCUGAGCGCCAGAAGCGCAUCGAGGAGCAGAAGGAACAGAGGCGGAGGCUGGAGGAGCAACAGAGGCGAGAAAAGGAGCUCCGGAAGCAGCAGGAGCGGGAACAGCGCCGACACUAUGAAGAGCAGAUGCGCAGGGAGGAGGAGAGGAGGCGCGCCGAGCAUGAGCAGGAAUACAAGCGCAAACAGCUGGAAGAGCAGAGGCAAGCGGAAAGACUUCAGAGGCAGCUAAAGCAAGAGCGGGACUAUCUGGUGUCCCUCCAGCAUCAGAGGCAGGAGCAGAGGCCCCUGGAGAAGAAGCCGCUGUACCAUUACAAGGAGGGCAUGAGUCCCAGUGAGAAGCCAGCCUGGGCCAAAGAGGUAGAAGAACGUUCAAGACUAAAUAGACAGAGUUCGCCUGCCAUGCCUCACAAGGUCGCCAACAGGAUCUCUGACCCCAACCUGCCCCCAAGAUCGGAGUCCUUCAGCAUCAGUGGGGUUCAGCCUGCUCGGACACCCCCAAUGCUCAGACCUGUUGACCCCCAGAUCCCACAGCUGGUAGCUGUAAAAUCCCAGGGACCUGCCUUGACCGUCUCCCAGUCAGUGCACGAGCAACCCACAAAGGGCCUGUCUGGGUUCCAGGAGGCUCUGAAUGUGACCUCUCACAGGGUUGAGAUGCCACGCCAGAACUCAGAUCCCACCUCAGAAAACCCUCCUCUCCCGACUCGCAUUGAGAAGUUCGACCGAAGCUCUUGGUUACGACAGGAAGAAGAUAUUCCACCAAAGGUGCCUCAAAGAACAACUUCUAUAUCCCCAGCAUUAGCCAGGAAGAAUUCCCCUGGGAAUGGCAGUGCUCUGGGCCCCAGACUUGGAUCUCAACCAAUCAGAGCAAGCAAUCCUGAUCUCCGCAGAACUGAGCCUGUCCUGGAGAGCCCCUUGCAGAGGACCAGCAGCGGCAGUUCCUCCAGCUCCAGCACACCCAGCUCCCAGCCCAGCUCCCAAGGAGGCUCUCAGCCUGGGUCACAAGCAGGAUCUAGUGAACGAACCAGAGUUCGGGCCAACAGUAAGUCAGAAGGAUCACCUGUGCUCCCCCACGAACCUUCCAAGGUGAAACCUGAAGAAUCCAGAGACAUCACCCGACCCAGUCGACCAGCUGACCUGACGGCAUUAGCUAAAGAAUUAAGAGAACUCCGGAUUGAAGAAACAAACCGCCCACUGAAGAAAGUGACGGACUACUCCUCCUCCAGUGAAGAGUCAGAGAGCAGUGAGGAGGAAGAGGAAGAUGGGGAGAGUGAGACACACGAUGGGACAGUGGCUGUCAGUGACAUCCCCAGACUAAUACCAACAGGAGCUCCGGGGAGCAACGAGCAGUACAACGUGGGAAUGGUCGGGACACAUGGACUGGAGACCUCACACGCGGACACCUUUGGCACUAGUAUUUCCAGAGAAGGAACCUUGAUGAUCAGAGAGACGGCUGAAGAGAAGAAGAGAUCUGGGCACAGUGACAGUAAUGGCUUCGCAGGUCACAUCAACCUCCCUGACCUAGUGCAGCAGAGCCACUCCCCAGCCGGGACUCCCACCGAGGGACUGGGUCGUGUCUCCACCCAUUCCCAGGAGAUGGACUCUGGAACUGAAUAUGGCAUGGGAAGCAGCACCAAAGCCUCCUUCACCCCCUUCGUGGACCCCAGAGUGUACCAGACAUCGCCCACGGAUGAAGAUGAGGAAGAUGAUGAGUCCUCCGCUACUGCCCUCUUUACUAGUGAACUUCUUAGGCAAGAACAAGCUAAACUCAAUGAAGCGAGGAAGAUUUCCGUGGUAAAUGUGAACCCAACGAACAUUCGCCCUCACAGUGACACGCCUGAAAUCAGAAAAUACAAGAAACGCUUCAAUUCCGAAAUACUUUGUGCAGCUCUGUGGGGUGUAAACCUUCUGGUGGGAACUGAAAAUGGCCUGAUGCUCUUGGACAGAAGUGGCCAAGGCAAAGUCUACAAUCUGAUCAACCGGAGGCGCUUCCAGCAGAUGGAUGUGCUAGAAGGGCUAAAUGUCCUGGUGACGAUAUCAGGAAAGAAGAAUAAGCUGCGUGUUUACUAUCUUUCGUGGCUAAGAAACAGAAUACUGCACAAUGACCCGGAAGUGGAAAAGAAGCAGGGCUGGAUCACAGUCGGGGACCUGGAAGGCUGUAUCCAUUACAAAGUUGUUAAAUAUGAGAGGAUCAAGUUCUUGGUGAUUGCCUUAAAGAAUGCAGUGGAGAUAUAUGCUUGGGCUCCUAAGCCUUAUCACAAGUUCAUGGCGUUUAAGUCUUUUGCAGAUCUUCAGCAUAAGCCUCUGCUUGUUGACCUCACAGUAGAAGAAGGUCAAAGGUUAAAGGUCAUUUUUGGCUCACACACUGGUUUCCAUGUAAUUGAUGUUGAUUCUGGAAACUCCUAUGAUAUCUACAUACCAUCCCACAUUCAGGGCAACAUCACUCCUCACGCCAUCGUCAUCUUGCCCAAAACGGAUGGAAUGGAAAUGCUGGUCUGCUACGAGGACGAGGGGGUGUAUGUGAACACCUACGGCCGGAUCACGAAGGAUGUGGUGCUCCAGUGGGGAGAAAUGCCCACUUCUGUGGCCUACAUUCAUUCCAAUCAGAUAAUGGGCUGGGGCGAGAAAGCUAUUGAGAUCCGGUCAGUGGAAACAGGACAUUUGGAUGGAGUGUUUAUGCAUAAGCGAGCUCAAAGGUUAAAGUUUCUAUGUGAAAGAAAUGAUAAGGUAAAUCCGUUUCAACUUUGCUUUAGUGUUUGCCUUUUAAGAGACCUCCAGGUACCUGUGAAACCUUCAUUUUCCUUGAUGCUGCCGAGUCAUAACUGUAUUAAGGGAUCAAUAGGGUAUCUUGAGAUGGUGUUGCCUGACUUGAUUCGUGUGAACAUUCAGAAUCUAUAACUCAUGCAUCCAAACCAACAUAAAACAUCUAAACUUUCCUUGUAAACUCUUAGUACCUGCUGUGGCCUGUGGGCCUCUGAUGAUUAACAACCAUUGCAGACUCUCCUAUGCGCUUAGAGCAGCUGGCCCAUCAUUCACCAUCUCACAAUGGGUCAGCCUCAUGGUUUUACCUUUAGGCCUUUCAUAGAGACACUGUUGGGACUUAGCUUUCACAUUCUAUUCACCCUUAAGUGGAAAGCAUCUGACAUGUAGAUGAACUUCUAAAAACUGCCACUCAUUGCCAAGAAACAAAAUCACAAAUUCAACUCCUGCCAUGUCCUGUCUCAUUCCAACCAUGAGUCUCCUGACAUGUCACAGGGGGGCUACGUUCUAAUGUAAGUGGCCAUGUCUGUCCAGCAUGAUCGGUCACCCCACAGGAGUCCACUGAGGUGACCAUGCUCUCCUUUGCCCUCCUAGUAGCUAAUCUACAUUUGUGAACCCAUGCUCUGAGACUAUAGUCAGCCUAACAACCAUGUCCCCGAGCAGCAGAUUUGAACACCUGUAGGAAGGAAUGCAGUGGGUUGAGCUGUUUAUAUCUCCUUGUUCACCCCAGUUCCUCAGAGGCCAGACUGGUCUUCAUUCAACCCUGGUAAUAUGGGUCUGGAUUCUGUGACCCUGGCUAGCUGCUAACGACCUCGUGUGAUCAAAUGGAUGGCAGCUCGGGGAGACAAGGAUGGUUCUAGGGGAUUUACCAGACCGUGUCAGAAACUAGACUUAGCAAGUACGAUUCCAACACUUCUACAGGCCUAGAACCCAAGAGAUGAAAUGUCUGGGUAUGGACAGCUGCCCUGCCGUUCUUGACGACAUAUCCCAGCAGGCCUUGGCCAGCCCAUACUCUCAGGCAAGGGUCUCUAAUUUAGUCCCUGAAUGCACAGAUGGGGACAACAGUGACCCUUCCUUUCAACAAACCCUCACUGUCACCCCUAUUUCGAGUCUCUGACCCAUAGAGUAAGUACCUGUACUUCCCUCUCUAGCAUCAGCUAAAUGUCAGGCAAUUCCUCAAGCUUCUUAAGGAACCAUGAGGACAAAGUAGCACUAGGGACGAAUACUCAUUCCUCAGACCACAAACACUGACUGAUUGAAGGGCUAUUGCACAGCCCCAGAUAUUAUUUGCCUGGGGCAGUGGUUCACUGACAUUCAGCUCAAGCAAGCAGUAAUCUGAAUUCUGCACACUUUUCCCAAGCCUUUGAUAAAAUGAUUGAACGGGCUCAAACCUAAUGGGCUGUGGUUCCGCUUAUUAAUGUCAUUAUCUCCUUUGGCUUGGGAUCUGCCAGCAUCAGCAUACCCUGAGGCACCAGGCUGGGCAGGCAUCUAACACCUUAGCCUAGACAACCAUAAGCACUCUAUCUUUGGUUUUAAGUUUAAAAAUUGAACAUCAAAGUUGUACAACUGUCGAUAAGUUUGGGAAUUAAGGGGUUCUCUUUCAUCUGCCUCCAUGUCACUCACGAGGGAGAGAAAGAGUGUCCCGAAACCUUUGUAGAAAUAAUCAUUGUCCCAGGCCAGAAGUCCAGCAAUAAAUAAUAAUCUGAGAAAACAUAAGGGCAGGAGGAUUUCCAUGCAAUGCACUGUCUGAAAUGUCACUAUAAGCACUGGCCAGGGAAAGUUAACUGAAUGUGUUGCAAGGGUAGGACAUGUGAGAGAAAAAUGGCUGUACAGUUGAAGAAGAGAAGGGGGAAAAAAACCCACGAAGUUGAACUAACUUGUUUUUAAUUCCAAACAGGUAUUUUUUGCAUCCGUGCGAUCUGGAGGAAGUAGCCAAGUGUUUUUCAUGACCCUCAACAGAAAUUCCAUGAUGAACUGGUAACGGAAGAGCACUUGGCACUUAUCUUCAUGGUGUUCUUUCUAAUGUAAGAGAACAUAACUCAUGUGGACGUUUGCCAGUCUAGAGGCAGACUCAGAAGGCCUGGUUGAACAUCCCGCUUUCCCGUUUCCUCUCCCUCCGUCCCUCCCAAUAGAGUCCCUCUUUCAGUGUUGCAGCCUGGUUGAGAAGGAGAGAAAGAGGUGGCAGGAAUGUCCGGGAGAUGCCGAGGAUGCUGCAUUGUCUGUGGACACAGUUGGACCUUGUGCCCUUCGGAGUUAGGGAUAGAAACAAAAUUGUGUGCUUUUAUGAUUAAGCUGUGUUUGUGCUGACUUUUCAGUUCUUUCGGUCUGGGAUUUUUUUAAACUUUUUUUUCUUUACCCCCUUAUUUUGUAAGAAUGGGGAAAGAAUGCAUACUGGGAAAUUAGACUUUUUUUAAAUUCUGUCUGCCUGCUAGCUUUAAGUAUAUGGUAUGUUGUAAAAUCUCCAAUUCCCGGUAGUGAGAGACAGCACAAUAAAUGUACCUUAUCUCCCUGUACUGAAGGCCAUAACCGCGUUGUCGGGUAAUUUAAGAAUUCUCUUGCCUUCACCAACCCAAGAGGAUGUUUUGUUGUUGAUUUUUUUUUAAUUGCUACUGGCUAAUGAAUUUUUGAAAGAGAAGCAAAAUAGCUGGUUUUCUCCUCUCUGGGGAAAUAGAUUUUAAAUGGCUAAACUACUAGCCUUAAUCUAAUAAAACCAACUGCUAUGUUGUGAGUCUGGCAGGCCGUAUUUUGAUAUGGCCCUUUCUGGAUGGAGGGUGUUGAAUGGGACAGAGAUGCCACUGAGUUGAAUGGUCUUGUGACUGUGGAGGGACUCUGGGAUGCCAUUGUCCCUUGAUUAUUAUGCAAGAGAUCAGGGCGAAACAUGGGAUGACAGGUGGGUCACCCCGAAGGAACUUCUGAGAAAUGAGCUAAUAUGUCUAUGUAAAUACACAUGCGUUCUUUCUUCAAGGCACAAAGCGUCCCUGCUAAGAGGUCCCAUCGUUUGGGCUUUGUUAGGACUGAGACUGAUGGAGAAUCUUUCCUGGAGCUGGGGUUAACAUGACAGCCAUGCUCUGGAAACCCAGCUCCCUCCCAAGGGUGCCACUUUCUCAAGAUAAAAACUGUGACAAAGAAGAAUUAUUAAUAAAAGUUUCUGAGCUGCCUGUGUUCGCACUGGGUCAAGGGACUAGACUCUCCAGCCUGCCCCAGACACUGCAGGUACCAACAGCUCAGACUUUAGGGGACCUGAAGGCAAGGCUUUGGCCAAAAUUCUGAGACCCUAAUCACGUUAUGUUCCUCUAAACUUCCCAACAUACUGUUAACAACAUCUGUGCAGAGGUGUGUAUGUGUUUAGUUCCGGUUGACUUGUGUCCUUCUAAACCCUUACUCGAAUGAUUUGACCCUUUAUGUGACUGGCUGGGAUUCUUCCCAAAGCUAUGAGCAUGGCCGCCUAUGGUAUCCAGGUGUUGCGAAAUGGUAUCUGUGCUGUGCUUCCUGUUUUAACCUACCUCGUUUUGUUUGGUUUCGUUUCUCUGUUCAUCACAGCAGUGUUAUCUCCAGGAGACAUAUAGAGAGCUCAACUGGGCAAUCUCAGCUGUAUUGAAUAUUUUCAAAACAGUAGUUGACCAAAUUGUUCUUUAAAAAUUGGAGGAAGAAAAAAAAUCUCCAAUGACCAAAACCUAAUGAAGUAUGUUUUUAAAGAUUGCAAUUACUGUAAAUGGAUCAGAAAAGAAAAACAAAGAUCGUGAUCCUACUGAUUUUGCCUAAACAAAUGAGCAGCUAGUGGACUAUUAAUGAGAACGAAGCAUAGGUUAGGGGAAUGGUACCUUUUUAAUCUGGUGGUUUGGCCAAAGGGGAUGUGAAGGGGAAAUAUUCAGAGUUCCAACCUACAGCUUAUUCUGUACUCCCCGAGAGUAAGGUCAUGUGGAGUUAUCUGAAGCAGGUAACACACAGGUGUGCAAUGAGGGUGGUCUCCAGGCAUCCCCAGGAUGAACCCAUCAUGGUCCCUUUAGCUCUCAGAAGCAAUGAAAUCCUCCCGUUCUCAUUUUUACUACUGGGGUUAUGCUGCUGAAUAACACUGUCUUUACAAAUUCUAGGGGACAAAUUCAGCAAGAGCUCUGGGUUAAAUUUAGCAACUGCGAAAAUUGGAUGCUGAUAUGAACAUUAAAUAAUGUGGAUUUGGGUCUUGUCUCCAGACGUGAUUGCCACCAGCUCUUUAUAUUGCUGCUGUGACAGUUUGAACCAGAGCCUUCUUAAAUUAUGUUGCAAACUGAUCUUCGUUUUUAUGUUUUGUUUUGUUUCAUUCUUAUUUCUACGUGAUACAUCCAAAACACACAGCUUUAAAUGAUUUUUUAUUGUGGGACAUUGGGUACAGUUAAGAAAUAAAAGGGAAUCAUUGUGUUUAAACAUAAGGUAGUUUGUGAAUGUAUUUUUUAAAAUCUAGAUUCAUUGGAACAAAAAUCAUAAGAAAGCAUAUUAAUGCCGUCUUGUUUACAGUAUGGACAGUGACAUUACAUAACAUGAGCUUUUUUCUGGUGCCAACAAAACAAAAUAAAACACAGACGUUAAAUAUCAA